AAGAGCCAUUAAUAUUAUUCCAAACUUUAUUUUGUAUGAUUGAUAAUGUAAUAUGUACAUAUAAUAGCAAUGUAAUGCUACUUUAGGUUCACUUUCCUUACUUAAAUCCUUGUACAUUUAAUUUCAUUGUGUGAUCUCUUAAGAGUUAAGAGAGAAGAAAGAGAUCAGAAAUGGCAGGUGGUGCAGGAGAAGCAAAUUUAGAGUCGACACCAACAUGGGUGGUAGCAAUUGUAUGCAUGGUUUUCGUCGUCAUUUCUUUGGCCGCCGAAAGGUUUAUUCACUAUACUGGCAAGUAUUUAAAGAAGACGAAUAAGAAACCCCUCUUUCAAGCUCUCCAAAAAAUCAAAGAAGAGUUAAUGUUGGUGGGGUUCAUAUCUCUACUACUGACGGUUUUCCAAGGAAGAAUUGGUAGAUUGUGCAUUUCCCAGAAUUUGGCCAAUAAAUGGCUUCCUUGUAAGAAAAUAAGUGAUCCAAUUGUCCACCAAACACAUGUAACUUGGCGUCAUCUUCUUGCUGAGGCUACUGACUCGACUUAUUGUCAACAAAAGGGAAAGGUUCCAAUGCUAUCGGUAACAGCAUUGCAUCAUCUGCAUAUAUUCAUCUUUGUAUUAGCUGUUGUCCAUGUGGUUAUGUGCGCUCUCACGGUUCUCUUUGGUGGCUUAAAGAUAAGUCAAUGGCAAACGUGGGAAGAUUCAAUCCACGAAAAGGAGCAUGAUCCAGAAGAUGGUAUCAAAAGCAAAAGCACUACCAUAGGAGAGCUUGACUUUAUAAGGAGUCGUUCUUGGGCUGCCGAUCAUUGUUUGCUAGGUUGGGUGCAAGCAUUUUUCAAACAAUUUUACGGGUCAGUGACGGAAUCAGAUUACUUGACUAUGCGAAUGGGCUUCAUCAUGACACAUUGUAGGAGUCAUACAAAAUUCAAUUUUCACAAGUACAUGGUUCGUGCAUUUGAAGCCGACUUUAAGAAAGUUGUUGGAAUAAGCUGGUUCCUUUGGUUAUUUGUGGUCGUCUUUUUGUUUCUAAAUGUUAAUGGUUACCAUGCUUAUUUCUGGAUCGCUUUCAUUCCUCUAAUACUGUUAUUUGGCGUGGGUACAAAAUUGGAGCACAUAAUUAUCCAACUUGCAAAGCAAGUGGCUCAAAGUCGAAGGCAGACUGAGAUUGGUGGGCAUGUGGAAAUCCAUCCAUCAGAUGAUCACUUUUGGUUUCAUAAACCUCGUCUUCUCCUUCUCUUGAUUCAUAUCAUCCUCUUCCAAAACUCCUUUGAAGUCGCUUUUUUCUUCUGGAUUUGGGUUCAAUAUGGUUUUGAUUCGUGCAUUAUGGGUUCAAUUGGCUACACUGUUCCAAGACUCGUGAUAGCGGCAUUUGUGCAAUUUGUCUGCAGUUAUAGCACAUUACCACUCUAUGCGAUUGUUACGCAGAUGGGAAGUUCGUUCAACAAGGCAAUAUUUGAAGAUUACAUACAAGAAGGCCUAAUUAGUUGGGCACAGAAAGCCAAAAAAACUAAAACUACUCUAAGUGCUCAUACUACUACAAAACAAUCUGCUUUCACAAAAAGAACAAGGUCUAUGCCUGCUGCUAUGAAACUAUUUGAUAACAAAGGAUCUACAAGUCACCAAGCUGGACAAGGAGAAGGAGAAUCCCAGCUUGAUUUGGUUCAGAAUACUUCUACGUUAAUCAUUCAACAAGAAAAUAAUCAAGAUUUUAUUGCAACAGAGAUUGAACCCCAGCAUAUGGGAAUUACCAGUGAGCUGGAACUAACUAGCGAGGGGAAGUUGAGAAAACUCUAAAUCAUAUAUAUUCGACAUGGAUGGAGUAGCUCACAAGCUUAUUAUAUUCCACAUGGAUUUCCUCUUUAACACUGAAAUUAGAAUUCUUUUUUGAAAGUAUUAUUGUUAUAUAAUUUGUUUAUUGACCUGUUUUUCUUUCUAUUUUAUCCCAUUUGUGUAAAGAACAAGAAGCAAUUACUUGUUGAGCCAAACACUUGCAUUUUGAGAUCUGCUCACUUUUCCAAGAAUUUAGUUCGGGUUUUUCUAUGGUGUA